AUGACUUCUCUCGCAAAAAGUGCUGCAUUGCAAGAGCAUUUUCAAAAAUUUAUCAAUGGUUCUCACAUCCUCCAUUUCCAUCAAGUCGUCGAUGCAUAUGGCCAUCUGUCAUUUCGACAUCCGUUCCAGGCGGACACCUUCGUCAUGUCUCUCAACAUCGCCCCAGCUCAAGUGUCUUCACCUGAAGAUCUAAUUGCGUAUAAUAUCGAAGAUGCAGAACCCGUAAACCCGAAUUGCUCCCAAGGCUUUGCAGAGAGGCGGAUCCACUCGGAGAUCUAUAAGCGGCAUCCCGGAGUCAACGCCGUGGUCCACAGCCACUCCGAAGCUGUGGUCCCCUACACCAUUUCGGGCAAAUUUGACAAUGACAACAAAGUCACGUUGAUGCGCGGGCAUGGAUUUACAGUCGUGGCAGACAGCAUUGAGCUGGCCGUGAUGCGCGCGGUCUACACGCAGAAGAAUGCCAGUAUUCAAACCACAGCCUUGAUGAUCCAGGGGGUGACUAGAACUACAGGCAGUGUGAGGGGUUUGAGCAAAGAAGAAUGCGCCGGGUCCGACCAGACUACGAGAUGGUCGAUGUUGCGACCCUGGCACCUGUGGGUGAAAGAGGUCGAAGAGAAUACUUUGUACGUCAACUCCGCGUAG